AGCCACAUACUGCGAGGCCGGAAGCGCGGCGUCCUGCCCUCGCCCUCCCCUUCCGGCUCACUUCCGCCUACCCCGCCCCGGCUGCCAGACCGGAACCGCCGAGCUCUAACCAGAUUCUCUUCGUUGGGGUGGAGACCCGGGCGCCUGCAAGAUGCCGGCUUACCACUCUUCCCUCAUGGACCCUGACACCAAACUCAUUGGAAACAUGGCACUAUUGCCUAUCAGAAGUCAGUUCAAAGGACCUGCCCCUAGAGAGACAAAAGAUACAGAUAUUGUGGAUGAAGCUAUCUAUUACUUUAAGGCCAAUGUCUUCUUCAAAAACUAUGAAAUUAAGAAUGAAGCCGAUAGGACCUUGAUAUAUAUAACUCUCUACAUUUCUGAGUGUCUAAAGAAACUCCAAAAGUGCAAUUCUAAAAGCCAAGGCGAGAAAGAAAUGUAUACACUGGGAAUCACUAAUUUUCCCAUUCCUGGAGAGCCUGGUUUUCCACUUAAUGCCAUUUACGCCAAACCUGCGAACAAACAGGAAGAUGAGGUGAUGAGGGCCUACUUACAACAACUGAGGCAAGAGACUGGACUGAGACUUUGUGAGAAAGUUUUUGACCCUCAGAAUGAUAAACCCAGCAAGUGGUGGACUUGCUUUGUGAAGAGACAGUUCAUGAACAAGAGUCUUUCAGGACCUGGACAAUAAAGGCAGCCUCGGGUGGACCCUGGCUCCACAGCCGUGGGCAGCAUUCACAGCAAGAUGUACACAGUUCUUUGCCUUUAUUUCAUAAAGUUUUAUACAGAGGAGAGAAGAGCGUGUGUCUGUACUUGAAGAGGUCUUUAUCAAGAAUUUGGGGUGGGAUGGGUGGGGAAAAAUGAGUUGUUGCCUGGUGAUUUGAAAUGUCUGCAGUAUUAAGCUGGUGCUUAAUAAAUAAUAAUAAAGAAAUUUCUAACAUUUCAUGUCAGAAGAAA